AUGUCUACAUCGUCACCCUCCUCAACAGCCUCAGCGCAGCCGUCGCUGGACCUGUAUGUGGUGAUCCAUAUCUCCACCACGGCCGACGACCAAGGCAUCUACAUCACUAGGGAUAAUUCAGAGAUUAUUGAAAUAGCGUGGUCGAUUGUGGAUGCUGUUAGUCUCGAGGAGAACGCCAGCGAUGCGGUUUUCGUGAAGCCAAUGAACACUCCCAUCACUCCUCUGUGCACCUCUGCUACUUCACUUACGUGGGAUCAGGUGAAAAACGCUGGAAGUUUGAAGGAAGCCAUUGAAAAGCUCGACGAAAGCAUUCAGAAACACGCCGUGACGCCAAAGAAGUCAUUUGCAUUUGUCACUUUCCAAUCGUGGGACUUGAGAAUGAAGCUCACCAAAGAAGCCCGUGAAAGGUCUAUUGUUUUACCAGCAUAUUUGGAGCUUUCGCGCCAUUUCGAUCUGCGUCGUGAAUUCUUGGCCUAUGAGGAGCUGGUGCUAUCUCCUGACUCGGCUACUCCUUAUACUGCACGCUUGAACCAACUGACGCUCAACACCGUUUGCCAGACCCUGGCCAUAGAUGUAUCCAGCAUAGAGUCUGCCAAUGGCCAGAAACCAUUUGCACUUUCGAUGCCAAGACGUGCUUCCGAUGAAGUGCAGAUUAUGAAACUGAUACUGGGGUAUUUUGCAAAAAAUGCGCCAUCGGGAUCGACUAUCCUCCAAAAUCCUCACGACAUGCACCGCGAUCUAACUCAGUUUCUGGGUGAGCGCUCCAAGGUACUGUAUAUGACGAAUUUACCCAUAGACACCACCCAAAGUGAGCUCGAGUCAUGGUUCACACAGUUUGGUGGAAGGCCAAUUGCAUUUUGGACCAUGAAGGCCCCUUUGGAACGCAAUGCUCAGCCAGGUGCCAAGCCAACUGGCGCUGGGUUUGCUGUUUUUGCUACACACGAAGAGGCGAUCGACUCGCUUGCUAUGAACGGUCGCAACCUUACUGACAAGGUGAUUGAAGUUCAGCCGUCUUCGGUGGUUGUUCUUGACAAAGCGCAAGAAAUCCUUGCUCCUUUCCCAUCUUCGAAGAACAGACCCAGACCCGGUGAUUGGACUUGUCCUUCGUGCGGCUUUUCCAAUUUCCAAAGAAGAACCGCGUGUUUCAGAUGCUCGUUCCCAGCAGCCUCGGCAGCCGCUAUUCAAGAAUCUAUGUACAAUGGACCAUCCUCUGGAAAUGGCCAAUACCAGCAGUACCAGUCCGCCUCACAAUCGCAAGCUCAGCAGCCUCAACAGCCCCAGCAACCUCAGCAACAGAUCAACACCUCUCUUCCCAACUUGUCGGGCAUCUAUGGAACUGCUCAGCGCCUAAAUUCGACUCUUUCGCUCAACUCUCCACAGCCGCAGCAACAGCCAUCUCAGCCCCAACAGUCUCAGCAACAACAAAACGGCUCGUCCAACGUUCCGUUCCGUGCUGGCGAUUGGAAAUGUAUCAACGAAAACUGUUCUUACCAUAAUUUCGCGAAAAACAUCAGCUGCCUGAAGUGUGGAGCUCCGCGUGCAAACUCUACCGGCACCUUGCAACACCCCCAGCCCAGCCAUGAGUACUACCUUCCACAACAACAACAGCAACAACAACAGCACCAAAACAAUUAUCUUCAGCGCACAAACUCUGCGAAUGGUCCAAAUGGUCACAAUGGCCACAACGGCCACAACAACCACGCAAGACCUGGCUAUUACCAGCAGAUGCUUAACAGUGGCAGCAUCUACCAGCAACAACAUGGUUCUUCAGGCCAUCUGCACUACACCAACACCUCGACUAACGCUUCUGGUGCUGGUUCUGGAAACGGUUCUCAUUAUCAUACUCCGCCUCAGCAGCAGUAUAUGGACCAUUCAUCGGCUCUAUCGCCUGCUGUUGAGGACCUCAAACACCUUGCCAACCGCUUGGGAGGCCUUAACCUGUACAAUAGCCAGACCGAGCUGGAGAGGAAAUAG